AAAUAAACAAAUAAUGAAAUCUUGUAGUGAUUUAUGGAGCUGAGACUGUGAUUUUCACACAAGAUUGUUAAAUUAAUGAUAAAGUCAUAAAACACAUUCUUUGAGGAAUAAUUAAAAAAAAAAAAAUUAGUAAUUUAAGUUAUGGACAAUUACAUUGAGCCCAAUGAAUAAAAAUAGCUUUAGGGUUUAGUUUCCAUAGUAUUGAAAUUAAAUAAAUAAUCUUUAUAUUAUAUUUUUCAAAUUUAAUUAUCUGGUGCAGCAAAAAUUCCUAAAACCAACUCCACUAGUACCAUCUUUUCAUGCAUAUUUCCCCGGGUAAAUUGCAUUUUGCACCCCAUAAUUAACCUUAAUGGCGAUUUGCACCCUCACAUUUCCCCCCACCUUUUAUGCUUCUCUCGAGCUCUAUAUAUAUAUGUGCAUGCAUUUACAUAAUAUAUCCAUCACUUCUCUACUCAUCUAUUUCAAGUUUUAAUUUAGCUUUCGUCUCCGAAAAUGGCUGCAAAAUCGGCCCUCUUUCUGUUGGCCCUCGUACUUUUCGUUUCAACAACAAUGGGUUCGUCGUAUGUCGAAGAGGUAGAUAAUCUCGAAACUGGGCACCAUCACUAUAAUCAUUCUCACCACCAUCAUCACGCGAAAGCACCGGUUCAUGCACCAUCAAAGGCUCCAAAGAAGGCACCAUUGCACGCCCCGAUUCCUCCUCCGCCGAAGGCACGUCAUGCAUAUCCACCGGCCUCUCCUCCACACGGGUGCGUGGGAAUGUGCGCGUCUUACUGCAAGCUCGUUAGCCCGAAAAGGCACUGCAUGAAAACAUGUACCGCAUGUUGCGAUAAGUGCAAAUGUGUGCCUGUGCCUGGUUUCAAGAAAUGCAGCAACUGGGACAAAGUUAUGAUCCAUGGCUAUAUUGUCAAGUGCCCAUGAAUAAGUAAAUUAAUUUUGAUGAACUUGUAAUAGUAUUUUAUUGUCUUAUUUUGAACUGCUUUGUUUGUGUGUUGUUGUAAGACCUAGUGAUUGGGUCACUAAUAAACUUCUUUAUGGAAUAAUAAUUAUCAAUCUGUGUUUUUUAUU